UUUUAUUUUAAGCAAUUUCAAUUAUACUGAAUCAAAUAUUCAUAUUUUCAGGGACAAAGAAUAGUCAGUAAUAAAAUAAAAUUGGGCCAAGUGUUGAAGCUAAUUAGGCCCAGAAUUAAUACUCUCAUUUUCAAUAGCUAAACCCCUGAGCCCGUUUAACAGCCCAUCAUCUGUAUCAAAACCCCCCUUUCUAAUCUACGGUUUUGCACAUUCAAACAGAGUCGUUCAGCUUUCUCUCUCAUAUCUCCCAGCUACAACAAUGGCGAACAGAGGCGUAGGUGACCGCGGCGGCUUCGGCCGUGGAUUUGGCGGGCGCGGACGCGGCGGAGAUAGAGGCGGCCGGGGGCGUGGACGCCGCCCCCGCCGUGAGGCGGAAGAGGAGAAAUGGGUCCCCGUCACCAAGCUCGGCCGGCUGGUGAGGGACGGCAAGAUCAAAUCCCUCGAGCAAAUCUACCUACACUCCCUCCCGAUCAAGGAAUACCAAAUAAUCGAUGCCCUAGUUGGUCCGUCGCUCAAGGACGAGGUCAUGAAGAUCAUGCCUGUUCAGAAGCAGACGCGGGCAGGGCAGAGGACGCGAUUCAAGGCGUUCGUCGUCGUCGGCGAUAGCAACGGCCAUGUAGGGCUCGGCGUGAAGUGCUCGAAGGAGGUGGCGACGGCGAUUCGCGGCGCGAUUAUUCUGGCGAAAUUGUCGGUGAUCCCCGUGAGGAGGGGAUACUGGGGAAAUAAAAUCGGUAAGCCGCACACGGUGCCGUGCAAGGUGACCGGAAAGUUCGGGUCCGUGUUGGUGAGGAUGGUGCCGGCGCCCCAUGGUUCAGGGAUUGUGGCUGCGCGUGUGCCGAAGAAGGUGCUGCAGAUGGCCGGUAUCGAUGAUGUGUUCACCUGCUCCCGUGGAUCCACUAAAACCCUCGGCAACUUCGUCAAGGCAACUUUCGAUUGCUUGUUGAAGACAUAUGGCUUCCUAACUCCAGACUUCUGGAGGGAGACUCGAUUCUCAAAAUCUCCGUUCCAGGAAUACACAGAUUUGCUCGCAAAGCCGACUGGCAAGAUUCUACAUGUUGUGGACGAAGUUGAGGCCUAAGCUAAACGAAAGGAAUUGUUUUUGCAAGGACAUUCUACAUUCUGAGUUAAAUUUUGUAGUACUAGUAUUUUUUUGUCACAUUGGAUAGUUAGCUUUUAUUCGAGAAUGGGUCGUGUUGUGUUUCUGUAGUUUUGUUUACAAAGCAUAGGUUUUCUA